AUGGUCGCGACGGGCUUCGGUAUCGCCGCACAGCUGCCCUACCUCCGCAAGCUUAUCCAUGGUUAUAAUACCUGCAAAGCUCGCACGCGCCGAGUCCACUUGGUGUGGCAACUCCAAAGCCUUGAUAUCGGCGUGGCAGCGCAGUCCCUACUAAACAGUGCCUUGGUUGAUGACACCUUGGACGACGGUUAUACCCUUUGUAUCUCAAUCUAUCUCCAGUCGAGUAGUGGCGACAAGGUGCCUUUCGGUAAACGUGCGAGCAUGUAUCCAGGCACCGCAAACCUCGAAGAGAUCCUCCAAGUUGAGUUGACUGGGAAGCAUAUUAGAAGAGUGCAAGAAACUCAGGAGAGAGGCAAGACGCUUGUUAUGGUAUCCGGGCAUGCAAGCUCCGAGAUCAUCUUCGGGCCCUUGUUCGUGCACGCCUGGAUGAUGGAGUACAAUUGCAGGAACUAG